AUGGGAGAGGAAGAAAGAGUUGACCAUUCAUUUCUAAUUAAUGAUUUUGUGAAUUAUGGCUUUGAGGAAUAUUUGCAAAACAUGUCAACUUGCAAGAAAAAUCAUUACCGGGAAGUUAAUGAUUACAUAGAAGAGGAGCCAAUUAACAAACUGUUGGCGGGUUAUGCUGAAGAGAGUGAGCAACCAAAGAUGUUUGGAUCAAAAUGGAGCCGAAGCCAAAAGGCACGAGGUAGCAAUAGAAGAGAAUUGGCGGAUUUGAGGGGUCUCCUAACUCAGUGUUCUCAAGCUGUGGCAAGUUUCGAUAGCAGGAUCGCUAACGAACUGCUGAAGCGGAUUAGGGAGUAUUCUUUGUCUUACGGUAAUGGUACUCAGACGAUGGCACAUUAUUUUUUGAAUGCCCUCGAGGCACGCUUGGCUGGAACUGGGACAACAUUGUAUGUAGCUUUGAGUACCAGGAGAACAUCAGCUGCUGAAAUGUUGAAAGCUUACCAGGCCUAUGUAACAGCAUGCCCAUUCCAUCCAAUGUCGAACACUUUUGAAAACAAAUCAAUUGGGAACGUAUCUAGUGGAGUGGCAAGGCUUCAUAUAGUUGAUUUUGGUAUUUUGUAUGUCUUUCAAUGGCCUUGCAUUAUCCAGGGUCUCUCUUAUCACUCUGGUGGGCCUCCAAAGCUUCGAAUUACAGGUGAGGAGAGAUUGCUAUUUGAGAGAGAGGUUAUUGGAAGGGAAGCUAUGAAUGUGAUAGCAUGUGAGGUUACUGAGAGGGUUGAGAGGCCAGAGACAUACAAGCAGUGGCAAGUUCGAAAUCAGAGGGUUGUGUUUAGGCAGCUCCUACUGAAGCAGGACAUCAUGGAGGAGGUAAGGACUAAGAAGCGGAGCUAUCAGAAGGAUUUUGUGGUAGGUGAAGAUGGCAACUGGAUGUUGCAGGAUUGGAAGGGGAGGAUUAUUUAUGCUCUCUCCUGUUGGAAGUCCGAUCAGUACAAACAAUAG